AUGACUCGGAUUCUUGUCGUUGUGAUGAAAAGACUUGCAGGAGCGUUGCUCUCCGCUAUUCAUUUCCUUCCUUGAACCGUUCACCACCUCCAACUCCACCUCCACCUCCGCCAGCCGCCCGGUGUCAGGGGAGCCUCGCACUCCAUGUUGAGCUCCUCCUCGGGGUUGAUGGAGUGCUGCGAGGCCGCCGUGUCCUUUCUCAGCUGGGCUCUGGUCGUCGGAGGCGGGGCCUAUCUGCUGCACCAGACCCGGGCCCAGACGCAGUACGGCCGCUACGUGGCGUCGGGCGGCCGCUGCUGCCCGGCCCGGCUCGGCUGGUUCCUGCAGGAGGUGCCGGCCUUCCUGCUGCCGCUGCUGCUGCUGCUGCUCAGCCCGGAACCGGAGUCUGAGAACGGGAGGGGCGGCCGCGGGAGGACGCUGCUGCUCGGGACCUUCAUGCUGCACUACUUCCACAGGAGUCUGAUCUACGCUUCCCUGACCAGAGGACGACCUGUCCCGCUGGUUAUCGUCUUCUCCGCCGCCAUCUUCUGCUCGUUGAACGGCUUCCUGCAGGGACAUCACCUGCUGCACUGCGCCCACUUCGAUGACACCUGGAGGACGGACGUUCGCCUGGCGGCAGGUUUCAUUGUGUUUGCGGUUGGUAUGAGCAUCAACAUCCACAGCGACUACAUCCUACGCAGCCUCCGCAAACCUGGAGAGAUCGUCUACAGGGUCCCCUACGGAGGAAUGUUUGAGUUCGUAUCUGGUGCUAACUUCCUCGGGGAGAUCAUCGAGUGGUGUGGCUACGCUAUAGCAGCGUGGACGCUACCAGCCUUCGCCUUCGCCUUCUUCACCAUCUGCUCCAUCGGGCCCAGAGCCUACCAGCACCACAGAGACUAUCAGCAGAGGUUUGAGGACUACCCUCGCUCCAGGAAAGCUCUGAUUCCCUUCAUCCUCUGACGACUGAGCACAGACAAACAAGAAGUGAUCACCUCAUCUUAUCUCUACACCGACUUUUACAACUGACAGGUUUUCUGAGUCAGUGCAAACUCAGAAGUUUAUUAAAGAAAUGUUAUUUGUCUGUUUUUAUCUAAUAUCUUGAAGGAAUGCAUCCAUCUGUAGGAUUAAUUUUAUCCUUUUAUUAACACAGUUGACUUUUCAGUUACCGUUAACAUAACAAUAAUGUAUUAUUAAUAUAUUAUUUUUAUCUACUGUUACUAUCUACUCACAAUGCUGACACAUGUGCAGUGAAAAUAAAUUAUCUAUGGUUUUGUAUAACAAAUCGCUAAUAAAUAAUGAGUUUGUUCUUAUAGAAAAAGUUUUACUGGUUUAU